AUGUCUGAUGAAGUUAUCUGGCAGGUCAUAAAUCAACACUUCUGCGCAUACAAGUUAAAAACCGACAAAGGUCAAAAUUUCUGCAGAAACGAAUACAACGUCACUGGUUUUUGUUCCCGGCAAUCGUGUCCUUUGGCUAAUGCGAGAUACGCAACGGUAAAAAAUGUGGGCGGUAGACUGUAUCUUUACAUGAAAACGGCCGAGAGGGCGCACACGCCGGCCAAAAUGUGGGAAAGAAUAAGGCUGUCAAAGAACUACGCGAAAGCAUUAAAACAAGUGGACGACCAACUGCUGUACUGGAACAAAUUUCUAAUUCACAAAUGCAAGCAGAGACUGACUCGUCUGACACAGGUGGCAGUUACAGAAAGACGCAUGGAACUCAGAGAAGAAGAAAGACACUACGUAGGGAUCGCGCCCAAAGUCAAAAGAAGAGAGGAAAACCGUGAACGUAAGGCCCUGGGUGCGGCGAAGAUCGAGAAGGCCAUUGAAAAGGAGCUGUUGGAGAGACUCAAGAGCGGUGCAUACGGUGACAAGCCUUUGAAUGUCGACGAAAAAAUCUGGAAGAAGGUUUUGGGUCACGUCGAGGAGGACCAGGACGAAGACGAGAACGAGUACGAGGACGAAGACGAGAAAGAAAGCGAUGCAGAGAUCGAGUACGUCGAAGAUGACGUGGACGACGAAGAGCUUGUUGACGUGGAGGACCUGGAGAGAUGGCUUGACGACCCCAACGCCUCGCACAGUGAUGAAGACUCGGACUCUGACGCUGAGGACACUACCAGUGGCAGCAGUGGUGACGAGAAUGACGACGAGGAAACCAAAAACCAGAAACGCAGAAAACUGGCCGCGGCCGCUGCCAGAAAGAAGCGUCCCAGAGUUGAAAUUGAAUACGAAGAGGAAACUCAACCGCAACAGCAGGAACUGGCUCGCUAG